AGCGAUGGCCCCAUCGUACAGUGUGUUUGAAGCAGUAAUUGCAACUGUGCAGUCCCCCUAUGAGUCCUCACUGUGGACAGUGCAGUGCGUCUGUCCCUGGCUAAUGCGAGUCGUUUGAUUGGCUGAUGCCUCGCCAUCAAGGCACGCAGCACUGUUACCUAAUCAAUCAACUCCAAGGCUCGCGAUUCACUGUGCCAUCACGGAGAAUCGAGCCGCAUCUCGACGAGCGACACCGAUUGCCCCUCGAAACCCCGCGAACCACGUCGUCCGACCGACCCAACUACUUCGAACGCCCCCCGAGCACGCCCCGAAACCAACUCAAGAUGGCGGGCCACCACCACAGCGAACCAGAGCUGGCCCUUGACCCGGCCUUGGUCAAGCUGGGACACAUGCAGAGCAACAGACACAUCUUCUUCCGCUGGACCCCGAGAACAGCCCGCGUGACCCUCAUGUACGCCGUCGUCGUGCCGGUCAUUGUUGGUUACAUUGGCUACAAGACUGAUGGCCUCUGGGACCUCCGCGCGAAGCGCAAGGGCGACCUCGUCUACGAGCGGUAGAGGGAGCAAGAUGUCGAGAGGACGGACGGUUGUAAAUAAGCCCAGGGGCGCGGGCAUGGUGCACGAGAACGGGACGGGGAAUGAGCCGAAUCUUCUCUUGUUGCAGUCUGUGAACUUGGAAGGAAUCCCCCCAACGCAAUGCCAGUGACUCUGAAAAAACUC